CCUGACAGUCAUUCCUAUGUAUUCUGCUACCCUUGCCUCCGUGCCGUCGCCGAUGGCUACGCUCACAACCAUAGAGAAGCAACAGCUGACGAUGAAUAUGAUUAUGGGGGACUCAAUUGCAAGGGAGGUGGUACUGGGUAUCGCGAACAAUGUGAUUUUUGCUGGGUGGAUAAUAACCUUGGAAGAGAUCCUGCUCAGUGUAUUGAGCCAGACGAAGGAACUAAGUAUUGGUGCAUUUGCCGUGCGAUGACUUACUGCCUUUCCAUCCUUGACACAUAUUGUGAUGGCGAACUGGCCUUUGAUGGCGAUGAGGAUGAAGAAGCGCUUGCUCAGCGAGCUUAUGACAAGAUUGUCGAGUGGAAAUACCUCCUGAUUGACUACAUAGUGGCACACGGAGAAGAGUUGGAUUCGAUUGAGCUUGACUAGUCAACCAGUUAGAAACAAUCAAACAUAUUGGACGGUUAGAGGGUACACUGGCCUGUUCCGCUUUCAUGUCUGCAGAGCGUGUCGCAAGUGUUGCGGCGCUGAGCAUCUGGCCACGGGCAAAUGCAGCUAAGGAUUUCAUUGAGCUAAUUUCUACGAACCGAAAGUACGGAAGUUUCCUUUAAUUUCAGCACGUUGUGCGCAAACGAAAUCAAAACCACACAAUUGUUCUUCGCGGUGAAGUGAUCCAGAGAGUAUGGUACCUCCCAGCACCACAUCGACACAUCAAUGAAGUCACCUAUUUCAUCGGCACCAUGAAUCUGAGAUAACCCCUAGCCAUGAA